GUCUCACGCCCAUCGGCUGUCUAGGUAGCUUUAUAUGUGCUUUGUUGAAACUAGGUUCAAACUCAUCGAAACGCCCAAUGCAUGACUGAUAUGGGUUGCUAAAAAUGAAUCGUAGCAUGAAGCCCCCUUUGCUACGUUCCUGCCUUAUCAGUACAUUCACGUGAAGUUGGCUCAGGGGCUGGACGUUGGCGUUGAUCGACUUGACCUGCGCCCGCGCCCACGAGCCCACGAGCCCACGCCGUCGCCAUGACGCGCCGAAUAGUAUGUCAACCCUCGAGAAACAUUCAAUCCCAACGCCCAUCAUGCAAACCUCGAUACAUGUCUUCUUCUAUGUAUGUAUGUAUGUCUUGAUCUGCGACGCUAAUCCUCGGCGCCUCCCUAUCGCAGGUACGCACCAUCACCCAGCUCGGUGCCGCCGCCUUCUUCGCCUUCCUCCUCAUCUUCCUCCUCGAUCGCAACUUUCGACUCCUGCCUAAUGUCGUCCACGAGUACAUGCCCCAACAUCACCAUGGCCUUGUCGUUACCGACAUCGCCAUAACCACGUGCAGCAAAGUCAACAUAUUCUCUUCGUGCAAGCUCGAUCCCGAGGUUUGGCACCGAAUCGACAAAGACCUGUACCUCGGCCACAAGUGGUCCAGCGCAUAUGUCCAUGUCCAGCGGAAGAAGGAGGAAGAGCUCAACGCCAACGACAAGGUUGUUGUUGAUGUCAAAGUGGGACCCCUGGACCCCUCCAAUACUGCCAAAGAGCAGCCCGACCAAAAAUGGGAACCGAGGCCAGCAGGGCUGUGGAUCUUGCGAUCUGCCAAACCACACGCGAGCGAUUCGAAGGAUGCCGUCACCGACGUCGAUGUGCUCUUCGGCGAUGACGCUUACGAAGUACGCCCUGGCUGGGCCAUGCGAGGGGUCGCACUCAUGCUCAAAAUUGACCGAGACAUGCCAGCUGCCCAUAUCACCGUUCGGCGUGGUGGCCACCAACAGUCGCCUAAGCAGCCAGUUCCUCGGAUUAGAGAUAAUGGGAAAUUCAAGAUCAUGCAGCUGGCUGAUCUGCAUCUGAGCACGGGUGUCGGAGUGUGCCGAGACGCUGUUCCAGAUGAAUACGAGGGCGGGCCAUGUGAAGCUGAUUCACGCACCCUCGACUUUGUCGCUCGGCUUCUUGAAGAGGAGAAGCCAGAUUUUGUCGUAUUAAGUGGCGACCAAGUCAAUGGGGAUACUGCGCCUGAUGCCCAAACGGCUAUCUUCAAGUACGCGCAUCUGCUCAUCAAGCAUAAGAUACCUUAUGUGUCAAUAUUUGGCAAUCAUGAUGACGAGGGUUCUUUGCCGCGAGCUGGGCAGAUGGCACUUAUCGAACAGUUGCCAUUUUCACUAUCGAGGGCUGGGCCAGACGAUAUCGAUGGAGUUGGCAAUUAUUACGUGGAAGUUCUAGCCCAAGGGAGCUCCAUGCACUCUGCCCUUACCUUGUAUCUUCUGGACACGCAUUCAUAUUCUCCCGAUGAGCGACACUUCAGUGGCUACGAUUGGAUCAAGCCAAACCAGAUCGAAUGGUUCAAGCAGACUGCUUCGAGCCUCAAGAAGAAGCAUAAAGAAUAUACUCACAUUCACAUGGAUCUUGCCUUCAUACACAUUCCUCUCCCCGAGUAUGCAGUCCCUGAGAACCGCUACGUUGGCACGUGGCGGGAAGGUGUCACUGCUCCGUCAUACAAUACACACUUCCGUGACGCCUUGGUGGAAGAGGGGGUAGUUUUGGUCAGCUGUGGACAUGAUCACGCGAAUGAUUAUUGCAUGCUUUCAACAAAUGAAGAGAAGGGGAAGCCUGAGCUUUGGAUGUGCUAUGGAGGUGGUGCUGGUUUUGGCGGGUAUGGAGGUUAUGAAGGCUUCGUCCGACAAGUGCGCUUUUUCGACAUUGAUAUGAACACGGCACGGAUCACAACAUACAAGCGACUCGAAUAUGGCGAUACGGAGAAACGUAUUGAUCAGCAAAUCAUUGUAGACGGCGGCAAUGUAAUGCAUGCGCCAGAACCGCCAGCGGAGGUGGAAGUGGCCGCCUAGCUGAAAAUCACUCGAAACGUUAAUACCGGCGAUUACAAAGCUUUACAUCAAAGGUUAUUUCGCCAUUGAAGAUACCACACCAGCGAUCAUUCGAUCAUUCGGGACCUUCUAGAUCCCCCCCCCUCUUAACUUGUAUU